AUGAUGAGGCAGAUGAGGAAGAAGAUGAAGAUGAUGAUCUCGUUUAGCCCGGUAGCCAGUGCAAGAGAGCAAGAUAUGGAGAUAUAUGAGAAAAGAAAGGGGCACGAGCAACUAGACGAGCAGCAGAACAUACAUGGUACAUCAUCGCUAACUCUUGGCGUACGAGCGAUUGUUGUGGUAGCUUCUGCCUACAUUACGUCAAAAAUAUGUGGUGUCGCGCAGUGUGUUUGCGCUUCGUCGUGUGAGGAAUUUGUAGUGGAGGCCUCAAUUCCGGCUUUAAAGCAACCGUCGGGCAUUGCGGCGCACGACGGUAAACGCCCUGACGGGUGUACCUUGAUCCCUUGGAGAGCCGGCAGGUGCUUGGCGUGGGACGUUACCAUUCCGGGCACCUUUGCUGAGCGCUACGUGCAGCUUACUAGCAAAGAAAGCGGUUUGGCUGCAACCAGGGCAUCUGACGAGAAGAUCAAAAAGUACGACGGAGCUCUCCCCUCGAUGGAGUUUUACCGAUUUGUAUCGAGGUCCUCGGCCCCAUGGACCGUAACACCUCCGGGUUUUUCAAUCGAAUUUGCAAAAAUAUCAGUAUUAGGUCAGGCGAUAGAUUUCACAAGUUUUGGAUCACCAUAG